ACUAAUUUUUUUUUUGCAAACAUUUCAUCCAGCCAACGCUGUCAUGAUGAGGCAGAUAUUGACAGAGGUGCAGGAGCUGAAGGGACUGGUCGCAACGCAGACGGCAGUGAUAAAGCAGAUGAUGAGGAUGAUGACUUAGGAGGACACACCCAGCAUCGCCUUCCCUAUAAGAAAUGUCGAACAGCUUAUAGUCAUGGAGAGUAAACUGGGUCCGGACAAUCAGAAACAUUUCGUGAAAAAAAUUGCGCUUCUGAUUUCCCAAGCUGCGCCUGGGAAAUGUAUUCGGCAAGUUUUGGGCGACAUCCUGAUUGAAAGCCACAAUGUAGACGGGAGGAAUGGAAAAUAUAGCUUGAAAGCUUAUCCCAAUUUCCUGUCCGUGUUGCUAGAAUCAAUUGAAAACUCUCACACCGGCGACCCUCCCAAAAACACCCUCAGAACUAGUUUGGUCUGUGUCGAAAAUACAUUCAACAAACAAAAAAGUAGAAAUAAGAAUGCAACAUAA